UCACUCGUCUCUUCACCCUUUACAAGACUUUUUGAAACUUUUAAACUUACUCUCUCUUUUUCACAAGCAAUCCCUGAGAGGAAUAAAAAUUAAAACAAAAUAAAAAGGAGAAAGAACGGCAAGUUUAUCUUCUCCUUCUGCAAAAAAUCCAAUAACCCUUUCUUCACCUUUUCCUCAUUCUCUGUCGGUCUUCCAGAGUCUCAACUUCGAUCUUCUCCUUCAGUGGCUCAUACCCUUUUCUCUUAGGGCUCCCACGGCUUUGGGGUCACUUUCAAGUUCUUUUCUUUCAGCGGUUUUCGCCCCAUUCUCCAGUGCUAGGUCUUGAACCCGGAAAAGGGUUGAGGUUGAUAGCGCUGGAGCUCAAGUAGGGCGUGGAAAAGGGAAAGGGGUCGCAUUGUGUUUGUCAAAAAGAGAGAGUUUAUAUCUUCUUAUUCGACUGUAUUACUUUGUGUGUUUUUAUGUUUGUGUGGGGCUUCUGUGAACAGUGCUUGCUUUUGGGAAGCUUAUUUCGGAAGCAAUUUACCCCCUUUUGAACGCGAUUGUAUUUAGUGCCCUCAUGGACUCACACAAUGUUCUCUUUUGAUCUUAUCGAUAAGGGGGGGUUUAUGUUUGUUCUUCUUUACCUUUUUGGACGAGGAGCCAUUGAUCUUGUGAAACCCGUGAAUUUGGUGGAUUUAUGUAGGGAGUUGGAGUAGCAGGACUUAUUUAAUUAAUUUAUUUAAAUUUUGUAGAUCAAGGUGGUGGUUUUUUUAUGGAUGGCAUUGAUGAUCUAGGUUAAAAAAGGUUUGGAUAUAUGAGGCAUUGGAUCGAUGGUGAUGGGAAUCAUUUGUAUCAGCAAUUUGCUAUUCUGUUUGGAAUGAUGAGAUGAGGUGCCUGUUGUAGUCGUAGGAGUAAGGUUUCACCAAGAUUCUGGGGAAUUUGAGAGGCCCUGGUGAUGGAGGAUAUAGGGUUGUUCAAGCAGUGUUGGCAAUGGUUUCGGUCGCAGAAGGUCGCCGGCUGGCGUGCUCGAACCGUGGUGACUUGUUGCCGGGACAGGAUUGCUAUGUUCUUUGAACGGCAUUGGCCUAUGGUGUGCCGGGGUUGCUCCCGAUUUGGGAGCUUACUUAGGUUGUCAUUGAUUUUCUGGAAGGACUCUGCUCUGAGGGGCUUUCAGUCCUUCAUUAAGUUUGGUUCAGUUAUGCUUCUGCUUAUAAUGUGGAGCUGCUUUCUUAGUCUGACUUCGAUGUAUUGCUUGGUAUACGUGCUUGUUAGUAUGGGUGUUGCUGGAGUUGCUAUCCAAUACUUAGGGUAUACUCCUGGACUUUUUAUCGUCGGCCUUUUUGCCAUCCUUAUUUUGUGGAUGUAUGCUAACUUCUGGAUAACUGGAACGUUACUCAUAGUAGGAGGUUAUUUAUUCUCCCUAAAUCAUGCACGUUUGGUGGUAUUAGUUGGAACUAUAUAUGCUAUAUACUGUGUUCAAGUACGAGUUGGAUGGCUGGGUGUUUUUCUUGCUCUAAACCUUGCAUUCCUCUCCAAUGAUAUUUUGAAUUUUCUGCUCCAAUGGUUUGAUAAUGUGAGUGAAAGCUCACAUUCUGAAGAGCAUAAGCAAUCAGAAACAGUUGUGGAAGAUAACUUCUCUGAAGAGUGUGAAUAUCCUAUCCCUACCGAAGAAUCUGAGAAUUUGCAUUCAUGUAAAUCAUCCAGUAAACCUGCUGUUACCACAGCAGUUGUUGAUAACAAGAAAGAACUUUCUGUUAACAAAAUUGUCAGAGAACAAGAAACAACAAGCUCAACUGAUGAAAUGAAAAGGAUAUUGAAGAGUCUGAAUCAUUAUGAUGCCCUUGGAUUUAGCCGCCACAAGAAAAUUGAUGCAGCAGUUUUGAAAAAGGAAUACAGGAAAAAGGCUAUGCUUGUGCAUCCUGAUAAAAAUAUGGGCAGUUCUUUGGCAAGCGAGUCAUUUAAGAAGCUUCAAUGUGCAUAUGAGGUUCUCUCCGACUCCGUGAAGAAGCGAGAUUAUGAUGAGAAAUUAAGAAAAGAAGAAACCAUGGCUAAAAGUGUCUGCCAGAGAUCUCAUAGUAGUUCACAUCAGGAUAACUCUGAUUAUCGUUCUGAAGAGUCCAGACGAAUACAGUGCACCAAGUGUGGGAAUUCACAUAUUUGGGUAUGUACCAACAGGAGUAAGGCCAAAGCAAGAUGGUGUCAGGACUGCUGCCAGUUUCAUCAAGCAAAGGAUGGAGAUGGAUGGGUUGAAUAUAAAGGGUCUUUGGUUUUUGACAGGCCUCAAAAGGUGGAGAUUCCACGUGCUUUUGUUUGUGCUGAAAGCAAAAUUUUUGAUGUGUCAGAAUGGGCUAUAUGCCAGGGAAUGGCUUGCAGGCCAAAUACCCACAGACCCAGUUUCCAUGUAAACAUGGUUGGUUUGGAGAAGAACCAGCGAUGCAACUCAAGUAGGUUCCCUUGGGAUUUUGACGCUGAAAUGAUGGAUGAAGAUGAAGAGGCAUUUGACAUGUGGCUUGAGCAGGCCUUGGCAUCCGGCCUCUUUUGUGAGACUUCCAAACGCAGGAAGAGUUGGAGUCCAUUCAAACUGCAUCAAAAGAAAGGGAAGAAGCAAUGGCGAAGAACGUCUUGCUGAAUGGAUUCAAGAAAAGUGAUGCAUUUGUGAGAUGAAAGCAACACUGCAAAAAGGAGGUACCUACCUUGUGAAUGAGAGAGGGUGGUUGAAUUAUGAUAACAAAGUGCAAAAUUAUCCUUCAUCUUGUUUUACAUUUGAAGGUGCUCUCUUUCAUGGUUACCUUACCUUACCUUACCAAGGACUACUACACUCACUUUUGCUCCUUUGUACAUACACCUAAUAAAAAUUUCUCAUUUUCUAAAUUUCA